AUGCAAAUCACUUAAGAUAUGUUUAAAUGGUUGAAAUCAUUAAAUGUAAUCUAGAAUGGAAUUCCAAAAUAAAAUGGGAGAAUGGAAUUAGAUCCUGAAACCACAUCAGCCUUCUACAACGGUUUCAAGAUGUCAGAACUUUUAGAUAAAUUAACAGGUGCCUACAGUUAACAAAUCAAAAUACAAACUAAUCCCACAGCUAGAUUGUAUAAUUGGAAUAUAAUCACAGAACGAUUACAUUAAAUUAAAGUGGAAUUGGAUACUGAAAUCAAGAAAUUAAUUAUUGAUGGUGAUUUAGAAAUGAUUGUUGAAGUCUUGAAGGAUAUACAAUCCAAAUUCGUCAAAGAAGUCACCUCCAAAAUUGAAAACCAAAAGAAAACUUUUGAUAUUGAAACUCUUAAUUCUGCAAAACCAAUCAGUUCAUGUGAAACCGUAUUAGAAUUUGUAAUAGUAGCCUUGAGUUAGAAUCUCAUCUUGAAACCAAAACAAUCAUAAUAAUUACUCAAUAACAAUUUCAAAUUGCUCACUCAUGUCUUUAUCAAAGGAGUCAAAGGGUAGUACAUUUAACUAGUAACACUACUCUAAGAAAUAUACAAUAAUAUGCCUAGAUUAAUUGAACUCUUAAGGGAUGAGGAACAUCAAAUUGGAUUCUUUGUUUCAUUCCUUAAACUCUCCAUAUUCUCUAAAGACUCAGAAGUGGUUCAUUGGGGAUUACGAUUACUUGGUAAAUUAGCAUACGAUCUAGCUUAAUUUGACUUGCUGUUUCAUAUGUUCUAAUGGUUAUUAAGUAUUUAAUAGCAUUGAUCUAUUUAGGUUCUGGUUUAUCUAGUCUGAUUAUAACACUUUAAAGAUAACCCUAAUUGGCUGAACCACUUGCAACUGCCUUAUCUUAAAUUGCAUAUUAUGAUUAUAGUCAAGUAUUUGGACAAUAGAAGUAUUUUGAAAAUCCAAAAUCAUAUAUUGAAUUUUAUGGAGCUUUGCUUCCUUAUUUAAAUUGUGAUGUAUUUUAGAAUACUAUUGAUUUAGCUUGUAAAUUACAAUUUAGAAUAACAAAUUCAGAUAGCUAUAAGAUUAAGUGAUAACCAAAGUACAAGAGAUGAAAAGAAUGUAGCCAUCCAAUUUCUAUGCAAUGCAUGGAUUCAUUAUAAUGCAUUUCUAGAAUAAAAUAUGUAGUAUCAAUAAUCCAUUUUGGCUAUGCUUUAAAGAACAGCCAAAGAUAAUUCAACAAUAUUGAAAACUUACUCUAUUACAUAGGCGUUCAAAUUACUGGAUGGACUGGCUCAAAAGAAAGUGAUCACAGCUGUUUCAGUGUAUAAGAAGUUGAUUUCAAUUCUAAUUGAAAGUCAGAAUAAUGAAUAUAUUGUAAGAUAAUUCUCCUAUAUUAUUCAAAAAUAUCCAAGCAUUCCAAUAGAAUUGUUGAUUGAUGGUUUAAUUAAGAAUCAACACCUUAAUAUAUCUGAUUGUGAUAUUUAUUAUGUGUUAAGUGCACAUCAGAAUUUGAAAGUAUAAUCAGCAAUAACAAUGUUAGAAUUAUUAAUUAGGAUUUACAAUAGUAGUGUCUUAUUUUAGAGUGCUUUGUUUCCAACAAUAUAACAAAUCAUUCAAAAGUUUAUAGAACUUUCAGAAUUUUAAGAAUACAUGAAUAGGAUGGCUCAGACAUGUUUAAAUUUAUAUGUUAAUUCUGUCAGAUCUAAGAAGACAACAACUACUCUCACAAAUUAUUAAGAUGAUUCUGUUGUUAAUUCUUAAAGAAGAGCUCAAACUAUAUAAUUAUUUAAAUACAUCAUCUAAUUGAGAUGUUUCUAGAUGAACAAUAUGCUUAAACCAUUAUUUGUGGGAGCACAUCUAGAACUUAGAAGUAUUGAAAAUAGAGACAACAAGGGUAUCUUGUAAUUGUUGUAAAUGCUUGGGGAUCCAAAUACCAUUGUUGAUGAAUAUGUGACCAAAGAUUAGUAGAUGACAUCUCAAUUAUUUCUCGAAAAGAAAAUGCAGUAAAUGGAAGGUAGUUAAUCAUAAGCUUUGGAAGAUUAAUACCUUUAGAAGAAUAAGAAAUUAUUUGAAAAAGAAGAAGAUUUAGUCAAAUCAUUAUUAUUGGAAGAAAAGAACGAAUCUAAAAAUCUUCAAUAAACAAAAAAGAAGAAAAGAAACUAUGACUUUGAUGAAUUUUAAUGUGUCUACGAAGAAGGAGAAUUAGCAUAUAAACCUUAAGAUGUUGUAUUGAUUGAUUUUUCAUUUGAAGAAGAUGUUGAUAGAGAAUCAAUGAAUAUUGCAAUUAAACAUUUUUCAAAAACCUUCAGAUAUUUAUUUAAUAAAUAUGCAUCCACUCCUCAAGAGGCUGCUAAGAAUAGAUUAAGAAGUUUGGAUCAAAGCCAAUUAGAAUUGAGAUCAUCUGACAUUGUUAAGAUACUCCAAGACUAUGAAAUCUUUAAUUUCAGUACAUAUGAGGAGAUCAUAAAUCUUAUCGCAACUGUGAAUCAUAAAUUUAAUCUAUUCAGCUUGAGUUCUCAAAUCAGAUAACUUCCAUAAGACAAUUAAACUGAAAAAUAAUCAUCAAUUUCAGCCACUACCUCUAGAACAGUCAAUUACAAAUUAGAUUUCGAGAAUUUCAAAAAGUUUCUUGUAUAAUUUGCUGUCCUUAUUUUUGGUAGACCUCCUAAAGAUUUUAGGAAAAUGCCUUCUGGUCAUGUUUUGGUUGAAUUCUUUAAAUAUUUCUCCUUUGUUGCUAGAAGAAGGAAUGACAAUCAUCUCAUUUUUGAUGAUCCUGAUGGUGUCACUACUGUGGCUGAUAAAAGUACAAUUCAAAAGUGGAAUGCCUAAUUAUUGUAGAAUCCAAACAUAGAUGUACCUACUGAAACUAGAUUAAAGAAGGUAUAAAUUGAAAGAGUAUCUUUACAUUAUUAAAUGAGAGAUGUUAUGAAAAAUCUAAAUAAAUCCUAUUUAACUUGUUUCGAAAUUGUCAAUGAACUUAUAUAAUCUAAAUUUAAGUAAUUCAAUAUUUAAUUAUAGAACCAAUAUAGUUGAGCCAACAUUCAAAAUCAAUCUCAUCUAUGAAGUCAAACCAAUUGCAGCUAAAGGAGUCCAUUCAGAUCUUAAGGUAGACCCUUUGGCUGAGAAAUAAGAACAAUUAAAGAACUCUCUUUCUCUAUUGCCUAUCGAAAAAUAAGAGUUUAUGAAUAGAUCCUUAGAUUUGUCUUAAUUGUCUGAAGAGAAGAUAAUCAACAAGAGUAUAGUUGAAAAGAUAGUAUCGAUGCAAGAAGAAGCCUUGAAGAAAGAAUUGAAGGAUUUAAAAUGGCAAAAAAGAAAGGAUUACCUUGAUAAACAAUAAGACAGAAUUUAAUAAUUUAAAGAGAAGAAGGAAGAAAUAAGGUUUAGUGAAUCACAAGUAGUUGGAGAGUAAUUGAGAGAGUAAAAGCCUAAGCAUAUUAAUUAUAUGAAUAAUUUAAAAAAAGAAUAUAGAAAGAAUUAAUCUGAGGUGGUUAUUAAAAGUUCAUUACCUUAAUAAGAUGAUAGGAAGGAUUCUCCAAAGAAAAAAGGGCAAUAGCCUUAAUAAGAUAAUAAAUAAAAACAAUAAUCUUAACCUUAACCUUAACCAUCAGAGAAGAAACCAAUAAAAGAAGACAAGGCCGAACAAAGAUUUAAAGCUAGAACAGCUGAAAUGGCAGCUCAUUAUAAAACAUCGUUAGAGAAGAAGGAAAGAUUGAAUGAGAAAUUCUAGAACUUUUAUAAAGAUCCAAAAGUCUAAGCAGAAUUUAAACAUUUUAGAUCAUCUGGUAGUGUGGUAUUAAUUAAAAUUAUAUAUUGAGGCAUUUAAUCAUUAUCUUAAGUAUUCUGAUGCUUGGAAUUAUAGUGGUAAAAAGAUAGUUUUGUAGGGAUGGCUAGAUUUUGCAAAUGCUUUCAAUUUAAUGUAGGUGUUCAGUGAAGAAUAAUUAAUAAAGGUGUUUACGAAUACAUUGAAACAAAAGAACUAUGUUGCUCAUAGAGAAGCAGUCUAAAAGAACUUAAAAUAUUAAGAUGAAAUAGGGUUAACAUAUUUUGAAUUUGAGUAUGUGUUAUUGAAAAUAGCCAUUAUGGGUUAGGAAUACUUCAAUGCAAUUUAGAGUGGUAAGAAACUGGAUGAUAAUUUAUAAUAACUUAUCAUAUAUAAGGAGAAAUAAACUAAAAAACCUAAAAUUAAACACAAAUAUGUUGAAAUGCUGGAGGACAAUAUGAAUAAGACUACUAGCUUCACUUUAGCAGCCUGUUUGGCAUACUUGGAUAUCCCAUAGAAUAAGGAUCUGUUUGCAGGUAAAUUGAGAUCGAUCGAAGGAGAUGACAUUAUAGAGGAGACAAAGCCAAAACAUUAAUCCGUUGGUAGAUAUUUAAAUUAAGGUUGAUUAGACAUGCAAUCAUUGAAAAAGAGAUAGGGAUUGCCAGAAAGUCCAUAGGUAAAGAAGAACAGUAAAUGGUCAGAGCCAGGAACACAUGGUAAGCAAGGACAAGAGAAGAAAUCAAUGACAGAUUCUUAACUUAAGUUACCUUAUCUUCCAAAGGAUGCUAAGAGUAAGGAGUUACUGGAAAUAACUAAGAAGUGGGAAGAGGAGAGGAAGAAAAAGUGA